AUGACAAGCAGCGGCCAGCUAUCAACCGUUAUUUCCACCACAGACGAGUUUAGCUUUAGCUGCCUCCCGCUAACAAUUCAACUCUCUGACCCCAUUAUGUCCCCAGGGAAGGAAUCAUCACACACACACAUUGUCACAGGGGGAACUGCCUUCCAAAGGACGAUGGGUAUGCAGACGGCCCUAAACGCGAGCGCAACAACGUGUGAGGUCUUGAUCGAUAAAAGCAAUUACUGGGUUCCAGCUCUUUAUCAUAUGACCAAUGAUAAGUCGUUUGAGAUGAUGGAAUAUGAGUCCAGUGCAAUUUAUUAUCUGAAUAGGGCGUGCGAUUACGCUGCCGGUGCGCAGGCAUGCAACGAUGGAUCGUAUCCUUUGGCACCACCAGCCGGAUUGCGUAUCGUGGCUGGGGACCCGAGAAUUCAGGCAUACAACGAUGCUAAUUUCGCCCAACGUGCCAUCUCGCAUAUGUGUCUGAUGGAAGAUGGGUCCUCGAAUGAAACUAAACACCUUCCCCGACAAUCCUGCGAAAAAUUAAGGUCACAGGUAUUCUUUCCUUCUUGCUGGGAUGGAAGAAAUCUGGAUAGUGCCGACCACAAGAGCCAUAUGGCAUACCCUGAGACUGGGGACUAUAACAAAGGUGUCUGCCCCAAGUCUCAUCCUGUAGCCAUAUUCUCGAUUUUCAUGGAAUUCAUAUUUAACACAAAGCCGUUUCCUAACCACCAGAAUUGGGUAUACGCAACGGGCGACCGAACCGGAUAUGGCAUGCAUGGCGAUUUCAUAAAUGGGUGGAUGGACCAAGUAUCCCUGCAGAGAGCCUUUAAAACAUGCACAGGGAAGGGAUGGUUGAGUGACCCCAGGUGUUCGAUCACGCAAACCCAAAAGACACCCCUGUCUCCAGCUUCCUUGGAACCGGACGAACCCACCCCAUGGGAAAAUCUAGGACAGAACAGUACCGUACAGAAGCUGCCUGGUCACCCAGAGCAUGCCGUUUAG